CUGUGCUCCGGCCGCCCCCGCCGGGUGCCGACCCGGCCUGACGCACCCCGACCCCUCCCGGGGCGCCCUGACGGCUCCUGCAUCCCCCUGAGAGCCCGCUUGGGGGGAGACAGGGAGGGGGGCUUCGCGGAAUGGAGCCCGGCCUGGAGGUCCCAGCCACCUGCCCGGUCGCAACACCAUGAGCUUCGUGGCCUAUGAGGAGCUGAUCAAAGAGGGUGACACGGCCAUCCUGUCGCUGGGCCAUGGUGCAAUGGUAGCAGUGCGCGUGCAGCGUGGGGCACAGACCCAGACCCGGCAUGGUGUCCUGCGGCACUCCGUAGACCUCAUCGGCCGCCCCUUCGGCUCCAAGGUGACCUGUGGCCGCGGUGGCUGGGUGUAUGUGCUGCACCCCACGCCUGAGCUCUGGACCCUGAACCUGCCGCACCGCACGCAGAUCCUCUACUCCACCGACAUUGCUCUGCUCACCAUGAUGCUGGAGCUCCGGCCUGGCUCUGUGGUCUGUGAAUCCGGCACUGGCAGCGGCUCCGUGUCCCACGCCAUCAUCCGCACCAUCGCGCCCACGGGCCACCUGCACACGGUGGAGUUUCACCAGCAGCGUGCAGAGAAGGCCCGGGAGGAGUUCCAGGAGCAUCGGGUGGGCCGCUGGGUGACGGUGCGCAACCACGACGUGUGCCGCAGCGGCUUUGGUGUGACCCAGGUGGCAGAUGCGGUUUUCCUGGACAUCCCAUCUCCUUGGGAGGCCGUGGGCCAUGCCUGGGACGCCCUCAAGGUGGAAGGUGGGCGCUUCUGCUCCUUCUCGCCGUGCAUCGAGCAAGUGCAGCGGACCUGCCAGGCGCUGGCCGCCCGCGGCUUCUCGGAGCUCAGCACGCUGGAGGUCCUGCCGCAGGUGUUCAACGUGCGCACGGUCAGCCUGCCCGCGCCCGACCUGGGGGCCCACCCGCACCCCGACGUGCACCCCUUCCGCAGUGGGACGCCCAUGAAGGAGGCUGUGGGCCACACGGGCUACCUGACCUUUGCUACCAAGACCCCGGGCUAGUGGGCCUUCCGCCAGGAGCUGCGGGGAGCGGGGAGCUGGCCACAGGCCGCCUUAUAUGGUCGGUGAGCCUGCUGGGCCUGCCUUUAGACGGACCUUGGGGCCUGCAGCGGGCGGGGCAGGGCCUCCCACAGCCUGGUUCCCUCCCUGCAGCCUCUCUGGAGAGGAAAGCCUCCGGCCCAUCAGCCUGCUGGACGCCCCCACCCCCCGCUGCUGCUCUCUUGCUACAGAGUCUCCUGCUCUUCUGGUUGUUGAGACCAAGGGCUAUAGGUGGUGGGGCCCGGGUCUGACCACUUCCCAGGUAGCCCCAAACUGGCAGGGAGCAGGGCUGGAGCCAGGAGGAGGAGAACCACCGGGACUGGGGGCCCCCAGAGCUGAUUGUGCCCGGCUGGGGGCGGGAGAGGUAGGCUUUCUAGGUGGCCUCAGGCCUGAGCACACCCCCAUCCCUGUCCCCGUGAGGUGCCCUGCAGGCCAAGUGGGGGUGCCCUGUACCCCCUCCCAUGGAAGGGAGGGGGCCCUGGGCAGCCCUGCUCCUCUGCCGCGCUUCUCUCGCAGCUGGAAGUGCCUUCCGUGGCCCCAGUCCAGCCAGAGCCCUGGCGUGUUGGUGAGAACAGCGCCCACGCGGCCAGGACCCUGAGGGGGAUGGUGAAGUGCCUCAGGUAACCCGCCCAGCCCUCUCAGAGCUGUUGGAACCCCGGCUGGCCAGCCCCGGGGCUGCUUGGGUGCCUCUGCCCCUCACAGGAGUGCCAGGGGCACGGGGGGCGCAUCCGGGACAGAGGGCAGCAGCCCUGGCCGCCAGCUCUGGGCCGAGCGGCCGGCAUCCCCGCCUGCCUCGGUUGCAUGAAGGGCCUGAGCGUCUGCCCUUGGCCUCCCCCAUCCUCCAGAGCUUCCGUUUCCCCCAUUAGGACAAGAGCCCCAGGGAAGGUGCUGGCAGGGGGGCUGGAAAUAAACACUGUUGUCUCGGC